UAGAGCUUUGCUACUGAACUUACAUCUCAGUAUUGUCUUAUGUUUUCUUUAUGAAAUUUCUGAAUUUAGAAAAAAUUCUAACACAAUAAAGUUAACUUUUUACACUGUUACAGAACUAUAGAGUCCUGCAUUUAAAACAUCCGAAAAUCUACCAGUUAGAAAUGUAUCAUCAACGUCUAACAGUUCCAUUUCAAGCUAUAUUUUCUUGAGGCAAGGAACUGAAAUCUCUCUUCAAGCAUCAUAGAUUUUAGCCCAGUAUUGCUGGUCCAAGGAGGUCUUCCUAGGACCCUUGGCUGCAAUGGGGUAUGAUUAUAUACUUAUGUCGAAAAGGAAACAGAGAGGGGACAAAAGAAUCUUAAGAGAAAUUGGAUCUGUUUCUAUAUAUUUAGAGUAUAUUAACCUUACCAAAUUUCAGGGGGUAGUGUCAUUGCUCUGAAUUUCACUUGAGUCAUGCCUGAAACUACUACCUACAGUUUCCUUCACCUCUGAAUAAGCCUGGGAAGCAAGCCUUUACCACAGGACCUUGGGGAUUCAUUAAUAUUUCAAUGAUAGCAUAGGUUUUUCAGCGUUUUAUUUUGGUCCAACCUCUCAUCAACUUAUUUGCAUUCAUCAUGUCAAGUUGAUGGGAAUCAGAGAAUAUUCAGAGCAGACUUUGGGUAGGAGACGCUACAGCUAUGCAUUAGAUAUGGUCACAUUUAAUUUUUACUUAUGUUUACAUGUUAUGUGUAUAUAUGAUGUAUAUAUGUAAGCUCAAAUAGAUGAAAGUCAAAGGACAAUAAUGUAAAGUUAGUUGUCAUUUUUCACAUCUCCGUGGAUUCUGGGAUCAAAUUUGGGUUGUCAGAAUUCCUGAAAAUGGCUUUUGUUUGCCAAGUUAUCUUGCAAGGGCCCUACACAUCAAUAUAGUCAGAAAUUCUAUCUCUUCUUCAUAAGUGCUGCUUAGUGCUAUUCAAGUGAUAAAGACCAUGGAAGGGAGACCUGAUCCCUUACUCAUGAUGAUUUUUCUAGAUAAAAUGUUGCACAGCUCACCUGUCCUGGAGAUCAAUGGACCACAACAGCCAUUUUACUUGUAUUAUGGAUCCUCUGGUCAAGAACUGUGAUGCAAAUAAAUGGUGUUUGGGCCUAGAAGUAAUUGGAUGUCUGGGUCAAAUAUGUUGGACACAUCUUCAUCCACAUGUCCAUAGCUGAGUUUGUUAUUCAAUUCUUCCAAACUCACUUUUGACAGCAGCUGCAUAUGCUAUUUCAUAUGCUCGGUUCAUAGGCACUAGUUAGGGGUUUUCAACAGUGUAGUGCCUGGAAUACCAAAUAAACAUUCCAAGAAAGCAAGGCAGGAGCGACUCCCAUUGGUCAUCAAGUCAUGGAAAAGUUAAAAUUGCCAUUGUCACUGUAUUCUGCUGGACAAUUCUCAAAGUCUCUCCUAGGGAUGGAUUCCUCGUCAACUUGAAGGGCUAUCAGGAUACAUCAUGUAAAAUGCAUGUGUGUGUUAGAUGAUUUUUUUUUACCCUAGAAGAUUUAAUUUUAAUAAUUUCAGAGGUGUUGAGCCAUAGAAUGCAUAGGGAUUAGUAGAAAAAAUAUCUUUUAUUAGAAGUAUCAGAGGCAAACAAAAUGUUCUCUUUAUUCUAUGUAACUUAAUAAAUCUGAUGGUAACAUAUACAAGGGAAAGCAUGACAAUUAUGCCAGAAACACCUAUCAUCUCUAAAAGUGUGUUCUUUAAUUAUUUUUGCCUCUUUUUGUAAGCUUCUUUUCCAGCUUCAGUAAUAAAAUCACCCAAGAAAAGAUAUUAAAUUAGGGAAGUGUUCAUCUUGGUUGACAGUCACAGUUCCAGCAUCUGUCUACAGUGGAAAGGGCGUCAUGGUGAUAGGAACUUGAAGCAGUUGAUCACAGAGAUCUGCAGGCAGAAGACAGAAAGUAACAGAGAAUGAUUGUGGUCAGCUACUUUCCUCUUACUAUUCAGUCUGCAGCCCAAGCCCAGGAAAUGGUACUUAGUGCUGCCCACUUUGUAGGUGGUUCUACUUGCCUCAGUGAUGAUCAGUAUAAUAAUUUAAUUCAUCACAGGCAUGGCCAGAGGCUUCACUAUAUUUUCUCACUUGUUUUCUAGGUGGUUCGAGAUCAUGCCGAAUUGGUAAUCAUUAUUACCAACCUUCUUGAUGAUUUUCCUUAAAGUUAUAUCUUUCUUUUAAAAAGAUUUCUGAAGAACAGGGACAAAAAAAUGUAACAGAGACUGAAGGGUAGGUCAUCCAGAGUCCAGAUCUCCCAGGGAUCCAUCCCAUCUGCAUAACCAACCCCCACACUACUGCUGAUGCCAGGAAGGACUUGCUGACAGGAGCCUGGUAUGUCUGUUCCCUGAGAGGUUCUAUCAGCACCUGACCAAUACAGAUGUAGAUGUACCCCACCAUCAGACUAAGUCUAGGGACUCCAAUAGAAGAGCUAGGGAAGCACUGAAGGAGCUGAAGGAGAUUGCAACCCCAUAGGAAGAACAAUAAUGACUAACUGGGCCAUACAGAGCUUCCAGGAACUAAACCACCGACCAAAGAGUACACAUGAAAGGAUCCAGAACUCCAGAUACAUAUGUAGCAGAGGAUGGCCUUGUCUGACAUCAGUGGGAGAAGAGACUCUUAGUCCUGUGAAGGUGAAAGACCCCUUCCAGAAAAGGGAUUAUACAAACCUAACCCUAGGCCCUCAAACAUAGAAAUGACAGAUACAUUUUAAUACACAGGCCUGGAACUAAAAUAAGCCUUAUGAGAAAGUUCAAGAAGUUCAUAUGAGUCCCAAGCUUUGUGGGACAAGCUGACCCAGCAUUUAGACAAAAUAGCCCCGGAAAGAAAACAAAAUGCAGAAACUAGACUAAAAUAUGGGCAUUGCUCCAUGGGCCACCUGGCAGGGAAAAAGAAACAGUCCCUGACCCCCCGGGAGACCCGACCACCAUGUACUUUUUGCUAACUCAUUGUUAUGAUUAUAGCCAAAAUAGGUAAUGUACACGUAUGUUUCAUUUACUCCACCAAUCACAUCCCUGUAACCAUGCAUCUGCUUCUGUAAGCCUGCUUCUGCUCCCCAAAAUACUAUAAAAAGCCUACCCUGGAUCUGUUAGGCGCGCCAGUCUUCCGAAUUGACUGGGACGCCCACAGAUACCUGUGUCUCCUGAUCAAUAAAAAUCCUCUUGCACAUUGCAGCCUGUGGACUCGGACUGGUCAUUGGGGCUUGAGGAUCUCCCUCCUGAGGGAAGAUUCUCGCUGAGAGUCUUACACUUGGGGGCUCGUCCGGGAUCAGAGAUCCUCUGCCUAGAGACCACCGACCACCCACCGGGAGGUAAGCUGGCCAGCAUUUGUCUUGUCUUAUCUUGUCUUGCUUUGUGACUUGUUCUGUAAAUGCUUAGUUACUUGGCUUGGGUCUAGACCGUUUGUAUUUGGGCGGGCCAGAGAAGGAGCUGACGAGCUCAGACUUCUCCCCCGCAGCCCUGGAAGACGUUCCAAGGGUGUUUGGAGCCCGAUUUAUCGGAGCUCAGUCCGUAUCAGAAGGAUACGUAGUUUUGGUGGAGGGUGAGGGAUCCGGACCCUCAGUGCGCCCCUCCGACUUUUUACUUUCAGUUUUGCGCCAUAGCCGAGUGGCGCGCUUGACUGUUGCUUGUUUGAUUGUUGGUGUGUUUGUCUUGUUUGCUCUCUAAUUUACCUUGAAACUAACAUGGGACAGUCUUUAACAACGCCGUUGAGUCUUACUCUCGACCACUGGAAGGACGUCAAGGACCGAGCAGAUGAACAAGGGGUCGAAAUUAAGAAGGGGAAGUGGCAGACCCUCUGCACUUCUGAGUGGCCCACUUUUGGAGCCGGAUGGCCGGUGGAUGGUACUUUUAACAAAACUGUUAUUUUACAGGUCAAGGAUCAGAUCUUCCAUAAAGGACUACAUGGACAUCCUGACCAGGUGCCUUACAUUAUCACCUGGGAAAGCCUUGCUUUUGAGCCCCCUUCUUGGGUGCAACCUUUUGUAGACUUAAGUUGGCCCCCUACUCCCUCAGCCCCACUUGCUCCUCUCUCAACCCCUUCCUCUCUCUUUCCUGUCCGGACCAAGAAGGAAUCUCCUAAAACUACAUCCAAACUUAAGCCGGUGCUUCCGGAAGAUUCUAACUCUCCCCUUAUAGACCUCUUAUCUGAGGAGCCUCCUCCAUACCCUGUAUCUACCAGGUCAACUCAGGAGGCAGAAACAAGAUCGUCUGCCCUCCCAGAAGCUGAACCCCAGUCUGAGGCAGCAUCCUCUCCAAUAGCAGGGAGACUACGCCAUAAGCGGGAAACAGUACCGGAUUCGGCUUCGCAGGCCUUUCCCCUUAGACAGGGAACGGGAGGGCAGACCCAGUAUUGGCCUUUUUCUGCGGCCGAUAUUUACAACUGGAAGCAGCACAACCCCCCUUUUUCCAAGGACCCAGUGGCCCUUACUGAAUUAAUAGAAUCUGUUUUACUUACACAUCAGCCCACUUGGGAUGAUUGUCAGCAGCUUUUACAGGCUCUUUUGACUUCGGAGGAGAAACAGAGGGUGUUUCUGGAAGCCAGGAAGCAUGUCCUGGGGGAUGAUGGGCGUCCUACUCAGCUGCCUGAUGCACUUGAUGAUGCAUUUCCACUCACAAGGCCAAACUGGGACUUCAAUACGGUUGACGGUAGGGGACACCUACACCUUUACCGCCAGUUGCUUUUAGCGGGUCUCCGAGGGGCUGCCCGGCGCCCAACCAAUUUGGCUCAGGUGAAGCAGGUAUUACAGGGGGCCGAUGAGACCCCCUCAGCUUUCUUAGAAAGACUAAAAGAGGCCUAUCGCAUGUACACACCCUAUGAUCCAGAUGACCCAGGGCAGAUGACGAGUGUUUCUAUGUCCUUCAUCUGGCAGGCUGCGCCAGAUAUCAGGGCUAAGUUACAGAGGUUAGAAAACCUACAGGGUUAUACGCUGCAGGACUUGCUUAAGGAAGCAGAAAGGAUUUUUAAUAAGAGAGAGACCCAAGAAGAGAAGGAGGAAAGAUUACGUAGGGAGAAAGAUGAGAGGGAGAGAAAGAGGAGCAAGGAGCUGAAUCGGAUUUUGGCCGCCGUAGUUCAGAGUCAGGGAAGGAAGGGAGACAGGAAGGGAAAUCGAAAGGGGCUGAAGCUGGACAAGGAUCAGUGUGCUUACUGCAAGGAGAAAGAACAUUGGGCCCGAGAUUGCCCUAAGAACCCUAAGAACUCCUGUGGACCCCGGAAGAAGCCAGAGACCUCCCUUUUGACCCUAGAUGAAGAUUAG